CAUCGUCAUCAUCAUCGCACAACUGGACAGUGAACAACAGUGACAACACUGCUCAGCCACGAUGUUGCGCACGCUGGCGGUGCUGGGCGGAGGGUGUGGUGUUGGUGCUGCUGGUACGUACCUGUGGCUGGAGAAGCACGCUACCAACAAGCAAGAUGGCGGAGCGGCCAAGGGCAGUGACAGCGCUGGCGAUGCUGUGCCAACACGGGGAGAUGGCAUCGCCCACGGCGUGAUCGAGGCGAUUGGCAACACGCCCCUGAUCGAGCUGCCUACCCUCUCCAAGGCCACCGGCUGUCGCAUCCUCGUCAAGGCGGAGAGCCUCAACCCAGGUGGAAGCGUAAAGGACAGGCCUGCACGGCAACUGCUGCUGGAAGCAGAGCGUCGCGGACAGCUCAAGCGGAAUGGCGAAUGCAUCGUCGAAGGAACAGGUGGCAACACGGGUGUGGGCCUGGCCAUGCUGGCAAGCGCCCUUGGCUACGAGGCCAAGUUUGCCAUGCCAGCAGCCAUCAGCCCUGAUAAGGUGCGCCUCAUGCGGCUGUUUGGAGCAGAGACCAUUCUCCAACCCGGAGUGCCCUUCAGCGAUGAGAGGCACUUCUACCACGUGACAAGCCGUCUCAGCAAGCUUCCAAACCACUUUGGCCCAGACCAGUUUGAGAACACGGACAAUGCCAUGGCGCACUACCACGGCACUGGCGCUGAGAUCUGGCGCCAAACACGCGGCAAGGUCGACGCGUUCACGUGCGCGGCUGGUACUGGUGGUACAAUUGCAGGCUGUUCCAUGUAUCUCAAGGAGAAGAACCCCAAUGUGAAGGUUGUGCUCCUCGAUCCUCCUGGCUCCGGACUUGGAAGCUACCUCAAGAAGGUGGACACACACGAAGCGUGGCCUGGCCAUACAGUGGUGACGGUGCUGUGUGACACAGGCGACCGGUAUCUCAGCACCCUCUACAACGAGAAAUGGUUGGAGGAGAAGAAGUUGACGCCUUUGGAGAAAGAUGUGAAGGAUCAAACGCUUUCGUUCAUCGCAACAGAAUAG